CUAUUAUCCAAAACAACUAAUGUAUCUACUACUUAAUCUACUUAGUACCUAUAACCCAGAAAUAUAUUCUAUUCCCAUCCAACCCAACAAAGUAAGCAAGCAACUAAAUAGCAAGGGUCCUCCCUCCCCGGCGCUUGGAUGCAGCAACACUCACCACCAUCAUGCACGACCACCUCCACCUCCACCAGCGCAGCGCAGCACAGAACUCGUCACGAAACGCACUGCAGGUGCAGGAAUCAAAGAGAAAAAAAAAAGUGGAGAAAAGUUGGUCGCAGCUCACCCAGACAUCCCAUCUACUGGCUGACUAUAUGCAGAGUAUGCUGCAAGCUGCACCCGCACAGCCCUGUCGGAUGCAGCUAGCUGGGCAGGCGAUACGCCGAGCAAGCAAGCACACACCCACACACACCCACACCCACACGAGCAGUCACACACACUGGAGAAAAGGGGAUCAGCAAGGUGUGUCCGUGUGUCGGUGCUUUUGCAGAGACGAAUUGAAGACAGGGGGUGGGGUUGGUUGGUUGGUUAGCUGUUUCUUGCUUUCUUGCUUUCUUGCUCUGCUCGACUCGACUCGACUCGACUCGGCUCUAGAACACGAGGGCGGACUGGGCUACUGUAGUAGUAAGUAGUUUCCACUACUACUAAUUCUGCAACAAGUACGGUUGGGGAGUAAUUGCUACGCUUAUUGGUGGUCUGCUUAUGUCCAUGGUAAUGAUAUUGCAGCUUUAUAUACCCGGGAAAUAAAUAGAAAAGCAUGAGGUAUGAUUCGUUCGAACGCUGAUAA